GAGCGCUCCCCGAGCUCUCCCCUCACCGCCCCGCCGGCCUCACACCCCGGCAGGAGGCGCCGGUGCGGCCGUUGCGGGGCUGCCGUUGAGGCGGCCGUGAAGGCUGCUGGCGGCGGGGCCUCACUGCCCGUUUCUGUGCGGGGGCCGCCUAGGGGUGAGCUGGUAAGACCAAAUUCAAAGCUCUAGUCCCUGCUGCAGCUUCCAUAUAUAACCAUAUAUACGAUUAUAUAUAAGGUGCUUCUUCAUCAUAAUGAGAAACCAAACAAUUCCAGCGUGCGAAAGCGAUGUUUUAUACACGGGCACGCAGCACACUUGUGCAGGCUGUGAUGUUUCAGUCAGAUCCGGGCACGUCGUGAAGGCAAAACCCGACUUUCCCAAGCGAAGAGGCUGGCCCAGUGAUCCCUUAAGCCCCAAGGAACAAUGCUGCACAGAGAGAUCAGUGCUUGCCCAUCCAACGUUUGUGUUUGAAAGGAAGGACCGUCCUUUGAAGCGGCCUGCAGAGGAACCAGUUUGCAAAGCUGAAAAUGAUUUCAUCUGUUGUUCCAGAAAACGUGCAAGAUCAUCAUCUUUUACUUUUCAGAAGUCUAACUCACCAUCUAAUACAGAUACAAAACUUGCUCAGAAAAGAGGGAGAUCAUCUUCCUUCACCAUCUUUCCUACCUUCCCUCCCUCCCAGCCAGUAAAGAAGAACAACAUAUUCAUGACCUCAGCUCUCCUUCGAAGAAACACUGACAUCAAAACUACAAAAGAAGGAUCCUUGUCACAAAGUCAAUUGCGGAAUGUUAUUAGACCUGCCGUUUUACAACCCCCACAAGCCCUGACCUGUCCUGAAAAUCCUGUAGUAUCUCUAAUGACUAAGCAAGAAGCACAUAUUCAGUUACCUGAAGACAGCUCUUAUUCCUUAGCUGAGAAUUCAGUAAGUUCCAAAACAGCAGCGAGGUCAUCUAUUACCAUGAAUCCUUCUAGCUCUAAAGCAACACGAACAGAAAACAGAAGUGUAUUAUGCAACAGCAAUUCUAGUUUUGUGUUUGGAGAAAACAUGGAUGAGAGAGUUUUGAGCCCUGAAAAGCAUCCCAAGCCACGUAAGGAAGCUGAUUCAUGUAAAGGAGAAACAACAUCCCUAUACAUAGAAUCUUUUCAUGUUAGUCCACAAACAAAAACAACUUUGUUAAGGACUGCAACACUAAUUGAAUCAACAUCUGCUUAUAUUUCCAAGCCAGUGGAGAAAGUUCUAUUAGAUAAAGUUGAAGUUAUAACGGGAGAAGAAGCAGAAUACAAUGUAUUACAGAUUAACUGCAAGCUCUUCGUAUUUAAUAAGCUUUCUUUAACUUGGAUUGAAAGAGGCAGAGGAUCUCUCAGGCUCAAUGACACUUCUAGCAAUAAAUGUGGAAUGUUGCAAUCAAGGCUAAUUAUGCGAAAUCAAGGCAGCUUGAAACUGAUUCUCAACACCAGACUCUGGGAUCAAAUGGUAAUAAAAAGAGCAAACAGAAAAAGUGUGUGCUUCACUGCAACAGACCAAGAGGACCACUCUGUUCAAGUAUUUCUAAUUCAGGCAAGCUCAAAAGAUGCUGGGUAUCUGUAUGCGGCAAUACAUCACCGCCUUGUGGCAUUGAGAAGCUUUGCUGAGCAAGAACCAGAAGCUAACCAAAUAGACAUAGAGUCAGAAAUAGCUUUUCAGCCAUUAAACUGUGACAGUGAUGAAGAUGAUGAAAAAAUGACUCAAGUGAGCAGCAGUGGAUCUGAUCACUCUAGAUGGAACCGCAGGCAGCCCGUAGUCUGCUCAUGAUAGCUACCACGCAGCAACAACAGCACCACUGGGAACUCAUCUUCCCUAAAUGCCUAAGAUGUCUCAUCAGAACCCGGAGGAACAAAAUCUGAUGAAUUUUGCUUUGUAAUUUUUAAGCACAGAUUAAUUUUAGAGACAGCUUAAGUUCAAUACAUUGGGAAAGAACUUGAGAGGCACUUUUGAGGAUUCUAGUCAGCCUGCUUUGCACUGAGAUAAGAAUGACAUGAUGACAUCCAGUAUUCAAGAGUUGUUAAAAAGGCUUCAGAUUUUAUAAUUAAAUAUACUUAGAUGCAUUAUUAAAAUAAGGAAUUUUAUAGGGAAUCAAUUUUUAUUCAUCAUAUUGAUGGAUAAAAACAUAUAACCAUUAAAUAAUAAAAUACCUGAAAGAAUUUUUUUUGUCUUUUAUUUAAAAGAUAUAUUUUGAAGACUUUAAAUUAGGCAUCACUGAAAACAUUUAUUUAAAUUGUCUGGUAAUAUUCAGCAUCUUGUUUGUAAGUACAUACAAGCAGAAUUGUGAGUGGCAGUUCAGCAUGACAAAGGCCAAUAGAAAUCAAAAUUCACAACUAAGCAAGUGGUGUUUUGUUUGUUUGUUUUAAAUAUGUGGACUUGUAGACUGGUUGUUGAAUUUUGCUAAAGUGCAAAGAACCAAUAUCUGCUUUUAUACCCAUGAGCACCAGGAGGACUGAACACGAAGAACAGUAAACAGAAGUUCCCGGGGGCAUCUGAGCUUUAAAAUCUAUAAGUGUAUCUGUUUGCACUUACGAAUAGCUUUUUGCUUGCUCAGAACAAGCACUGUUAACAGCCCAUUUGAUAUACACAAAUAAAUGACAGUAUAACUAGAGACCUGCAUAAAAUCUUGUAUAUGCAUAUCUAAGAUUAUUUAUGCUUUAUUAUUAGCUACAGAUACCCCUAAACAGCAUCUUGUAUUGAGUUGAAUAUAUUACAC